AUGAUGCGAUUUAAUUGGAUUAUAUUACUACUAUUGAUUGUACCAGUAAUGAUGGCUAAAUUAGACAUUUCAACGGAAAAUGAUCAUUCUAUCAGUACUGAUAACACUGAUAACAGCUUACUGAGAAGUCGUCGAAUUAAACGACAAGAACUACCAUGUUUACUAUGUCCAAAUGUACAAUUUCUUAUGGAUUUUUAUUGUGCACAUUUUAGAUAUCUCUUUGCUGGUGCUAGACUAGCAGGUAGAAAGAAACGUUCCGUCGAAAAUAUUUGCCCAUGUUGUAGAUGUUGCGGACGUAAACGACGUUCCAUUCUACGAAAUGAUCGCUUACAAUUGCAAAAUUUAAAUUAUGAAACAUUUAAAAAAUGA